ACUUUAGCUCUCUCCUGCAGCACUCGUUGCCUUGGGGGAGAAUUUUAAAAUCUGCACAUAGCAUCAGAUCAUACUCUUAAUUUGUGCAUGAAACAAGUCAUAGUUUUCCAAGUUAUUCAAUCAGAACACAUUAAGCCUGAAAAUACACAGAGAACACACACACCAACAGCACCCCCAACCUCCGUGUUAUGAAAACAGCAGCUUGGAUUAAUGCUUAAACUUGCCCUCUAUAGGUGCGCUCCAGGUCUGAGUCUUCUUUAAGAAAGACUUCACGGACAGGGAGAGUGAAAUAUUCCAGGAAAUGUGCACACCGCGUUCUUUCUGUCCAUGUGGGACACACCCACUGUGCCCUAAGGAUCAUGGGAAGGUGGAAGAAGCUUUAGAUUGACAAGUACAGUUCAGACACAGAUGAGCAUGAGGAGGUUUUUCCAAGCACACAGGGAUGAAGACUAUAGUCAGAUCCAGUAUCUGACGGCCAAGUGCACCCGCCUGGCUCAUGAUAAAGCGGUGCUCGACAGGGAGUUCCUGGUGUCCAGAGACAGGGAGAGGAAGCUGCAGAAUGAACUGGAGGCUACGACCGCUCAGCUCCUCCACCAGGAGCAGAUGAACCUGGAGCUCAGGAUGAAGCAGGACCAACUCAUUAGCAGGAUCCACCAGCAGCAGGACCUGGUUGACUUGCUGCAGCAGCGUGUGGUCUUGCUGGCUGAGGAGAGCUUUAGGGACGGAGAGCUGCUGCACCAGGUCCGCUCAGAGCUGCUGUGUCUGCAGAGCUCUGAGGUGAAGCUGGAGGGCCUGGUGGAGCAAUUGCAUGCUAAGGCCCAACACAGUGCUGUGGUGGCAGAGAACCUGCAGGCAGAGCUGCACGCUGAGGCCAUGUGCAGAUCUGCGCUGACGGAGAGCCUGCAGGCAGAGCUGCGCAGUAAGACAGUGGAGUUGGAGGAGCUCCAAGAAACCAACAAAACUUUGACAGAGAAGCUGAUGGAUUUACGCAUCGCUCAUCAGAAGAAGGUGAGGGAACUGCAGCAGGAAAAUGAGGGGAGUCUGGUGAAACUGCAGGAGACAGCAGAGCAGUUUGAGUGGCUCUGUCAGCAACAGCGCUACUGGAUGUGUUGUGUCAAGAGAUUCAAAGACUGCAUGAUGAAGGAGAGGGGAGCUCUACAGGUCAGCAUGUUGGAAAAGAAGGCUGAGAAGAGUUUACAUGAUGACAGUCCCACACAGAGCGCCCUCUCUCCCCUGCAGGACACUAAAUGCUUUGACAGCAGCAGAACAUCGUGGGAUGCAGAUGCAAUGGCUGACCUGAAGUCUCAGGUGGAGAAGUCAAACACGCUGCAUGAGGAGCUCUUUAACCGGGCAGGGAGCCCUAUCAACAGAUACCAAAAACCUCCUUGAGGACACGAGCCUGGAUUUGCCUUCUCUUUCUCUUCCCACCUUCUGCAAACCCUGUGUGUGGUUAACUUUGUGGAACACUUUCCAGUCAUUGUCAACCAAAAAAAAAAAAACCUACUUGUGAAACCAUACAGUUACCGUUUUUCUUCCACUAUUGUUCACCUGUCUUGAAAAGAAUGUGCUUCAUGAUAUAUCACUGAAUUAAACGGUACAGUGUACUCCUGUCCUCCUUUUGCUGUGACACAUGCACAUCACAUGUGCCCAAAGGUCCUAUAGUAACAUUUUCUUGUAAUUGUCCAUUAUUCAGACCUUGUAAUCAACACCACUAACAAAAGCAAAAACACCUGAGAAUGUUCUCUUUUGUUGUUUUGCCAAUUAAUCCUCACAGGGGAAGCAGCAGCUGGUGCGCAGAGGAAACAACAAGCGUGUUGUUUAGACCAAAAUGAAGCCCUACUGAUUGUUCCCCCAUUGAGAAUCUGGUACAUCUUGAUCAGGUCUCCUCACUUAUCAUUUGGCUUUCACUUGUCAGCAAAUGGCUUCAUCAUAUGUGAACCAUACAUAUGGUGUACAGGUAACAAUUAACAGAUGACGCAAAUGUUUGGGGAAAGGCAUUGGAAUCACGGACUAUGUCACAUUACAUUUUAGAUGUUUAUUCAUUAUUUUGUGACUAUGCACGUUUGGAUGUUGUUGCAUCCAACAGUGAGUUAGUGAGUUGUGUCAUAGACCAUCAUACUGCCGAUCACUUGUGUUCACUUUCCAAUGUUGCGCAACAUCUUUAACAAAGUAAAUACAAGUGACCCAA